AUGUUUCGCGGCCUGCCCGUUAUUCCAGAUGAGACCUUUACCACCGACGCGCCGCGCAAGAUCGCCAAGUCGUUCCUCGCGGUCGAGCAAUCCGAAGGUGCGGGCGCAAAAGUGAGGAGGAGCGUGGGUACGCCCAAGCUGCGCAACUUCUCGCCAUUCCUCAUGCUCGACCACUUCGCCAUCCCUCCCGGCGCUGGCUUCCCAGAUCACCCCCACCGCGGUCAAGAAACCAUCACGUACCUCCUCUCCGGUGCGGUCGACCACGAAGACUUUGCAGGCAACAAGGGAACAAUCGAGCAGGGCGAUUUACAAUUCAUGACGGCUGGUCGCGGCAUCGUGCACGCCGAGAUGCCGCGCCAAAACGAGGAUGGUGCGCCCAACGUUGGCAUGCAACUCUGGGUGGACUUGCCCAAGGAGCUCAAGUCAUGCGAACCGCGAUACCGAGACCUACGCGCCAAGGAGAUACCAGAAGCAACAACGGAUGACGGCAAGGUGCACGUCAAGGUCAUCAGCGGACAGGCAUAUGGCAUCGAGAGUCUAAAGGAGCUGGCAUACACACCCGUCUGGCUGCUCGACUUCACGGUCAAGCCCGGCGGCAAGGUCAAGCAGCCGCUUCCCAGAGGCUGGAACGCUUUUGCCUAUCUCCUCAAUGGCACCACCAUCUUCUCCUCAGACGGCGUAUCACGACCGGUCGAACAAUACCACAAUGUCGUCUUUGAGAGCAAUGGCGACAGCAUCGAAGCGUCGGUACCGGAGGAUGCCGAGAAGGAGUCAAGAUUCAUUUUGGUUGCUGGUCUACCCCUUGACCAGCCCAUUGUACAGUAUGGACCUUUUGUCGUUACUUCAAGAGACGAGGUUAUGCAGGCCAUGAUGGAUUACCAGACCCACUCGAACGGGUUCGAGCGGGCGAACAACUGGGAGAGUGAGAUUGGAAAGAGCAUGGUACAUUGA